CUCGACUUUGACUCCACAUCAACGGUUUCUGCUUCGCUAUUCCACGUCCAGAACUGAAGUGCCAGUGUUGUUAAUCAUGUUAGACACGUUACCCUGUCACGUCGUUCGAACCUAAUCCGCCGUUCCCCUCGAAUUCUGAUUCACCGCCCGGCAAUCCCCUCGGACCGUGAACUACCGGGGGAGGAAGCCCACGAUCCUCCAAGUCCUCCAAGUCCUCCAAGUCCUACAAGUCCGACAAGUCCUACAAGCCCGACAAGUCCUACAAGCCCGACAAGUCCUACAAGCCCGACAAGCCCGACAAGUCCCUCGCUUCUCCCCUCUCCCCCGCCGUCUCCCACACCACCAACCCCAAGAUGCCCGAUAAACAGCUAUCCACCAUCUCCUACGCAGCCGGUGCCUCCCUCGCCGCCAUCGCCCUCGUCUACGUCUUCGCCCCCAAUUUCGUCCUCGACGAGUCCAGCAGCUCCUCGGCCUCCCGCAAGAAGGGCGUCGUCGGCCUCCGCAACUCCGCCAAUGAUUGCUUCAUAAAUGCCACCCUCCAGGCCCUGGCCGGCCUGAACGACCUGCGCCUCUACCUCAUCCGCGAGACCCACCGCCGAAACAUCGAAGACCCGGCCGUCUACGCCCGUCUGGUCCAACCGCCGAACCGCACCUUGCCCGAAUGGAAGCUCCUCGCCUUGCAGCAGGGUGCCGUCACCCAGGGCUUCAAGGACAUUCUCGAUGCCCUCAACGAGCGGCCCAUAUACAAGAAGUCGACCUCGGCUGCCGAUUUCAUCAGGGUCAUGGAGGCCGCUUUUCGCCAGCGCGUGAGCCGCCAGCAGCAGGAUGCGCAGGAGUUUUUGCAGAUCGUCGCCGAGAGGCUGCAGGAUGAAUACCACGCAGGCGAACGCGCGAGGGCUUAUGCUAGGCGUGCUACUGCUACCGCGUCGUCUCCGGGCGUCGCCCAUCUCGGUUCUGCCGAGUCGCAGCCAGUCGAUGGGAAGGCCGUUCAGAAGAAGCUCCAUGAGCAUCUAUCCGUGUCUGAACGGUCACGGUCAGACUCUUUGGCGGACGCCGCUUCCUUGCCCGUGUCAGCCUCUAUAUCGGCCCUAAACCUGACCGGUUCGGAUAGCCUGCCCUCCACUGCUGCCACUACUGCCACUACUACCACCGCUGCGUCCACCCAGACCGCAACAGCAACCGCCACCGACGGCGCAACGCUCGCUGGCAUCGCGGCCGACGAAGAAGAGGAGGAAGGAUUUCCAAUGGAAGGUCAGCACGAGUCACAGCUACGAUGCCAAAGCUGCGGGUACCGGUCCAAACCGAAAACGGAAACCUUCGUCACCCUCACCCUCAACGUCCCCCAUGUGACCUCCACAUCAUUGAGCGCAUGCUUCGACGAAAUCUUCAAGACCGAAUACAUCGACGACUUCAAGUGCGAGAAGUGCCGUCUGCUCCACGCCGAAGAGACGCUGUGCCGAGAGCUGGCCAAGGCCAAGUCGGACCACGCGAGGGCGCAAGCCGAGGAAAACCUCCAGAAGUUGCGCCACGCCAUCGAAUCCGACCCGGAAAACCCUCCCCCGGACGUGCCGCUCCCAGACGCCCGCGAGGCCCCGAAGCGCCGCAUCGCCCGCUCCUUCCGCAUCACCUCCUUCCCCAAGAUCCUCACCGUCCACCUCUCCCGCUCCAUCUUCAGCACCCAAGCCUCCACCAAGAACUCGGCCAAGGUCGCCUUCCCGGAACACCUCCCGCUCGGCGGGCUCGCCGACCGUCGAAAGUACCGGCUGCUCGGCCUGGUCACCCACAAGGGGAGCCACAACAGCGGCCACUACGAGUCGUUCCGCCGCCAGAACCUCGCGCCCGCGCCCUACGCCAACUCCAACACCUUCCGCGCCUCGGGCGUCUACAGCAAAUCCGCCAGCCCCGUCUCCACCCCGCAGCUGAACGCCACCUCGCGCGCCGACACCCCGGCCGCGUCGUCCACCCCGGACCUUUUGCUCGCCCCGUCCCACUCCCGCCUCCCGAACCCGCACUUCCCCCUCGACGCCGACGCCGACGCCGACGCCUCGAGCAUCCGAUCCGUCGCCGCCUCCACCCGUUCCGCCCUCUCGCGCAUCUCCCUCUCGCGAGACCCGGAUCGUCGUCACGGUGCCGGGAACGGCGGGUCAUCGACGACAGACGACGCGCCCGGCAAACCGCCGCCGCCGCCGUCGACUACGUCGUCCCCGAUGGUGGUCCCGCCGGCUGUCAAGCCGCAUCGCAAGCGCAAGGCGCCCGAGCGGUGGUGGCGGAUCAGCGACGAGACGAUUCGCGAGGCGAAGACGUCCGAAGUGCUUGGCAUGCAGCGGGAGGUGUAUCUGCUCUUUUACGAGAUGGAGGACUAGCCCUGGCCUUUGCGGAGGGGUGGUGUGUUGUCCUAGACGGGGCCAUUGUAGUUUUACCAGCGUGGUGCGUGUUUGGCAUCCACGUUGAGAACCAUGACAUGGACGGAUGGCACAAAGGGGCGUUUUGGCGUUGUUGUUUUGCAUAUGCAUAUUCUUCUUCUUCUUCUUCUUCUUCUUGGCUCUUCAGCUCAAUGCAUGAUUGCAUGGAUAUGCAUCGCCCUUUUUUAUUUUUUAUUUUUAUUUUUUUCUAAGGAGCCCUUCCUAGGUCCGGGAUGGAUGCAUGAAAAAUGAUAAAUGGCACUGAGUGAUGUUAGAUAGAUGCUCUUCAUAUGCACAGCUCAUGUGGUGAUACGAUCCCACAAACACGGCUUCACUCAACCGCCAGCUCACCGCAUCAGUGUAUCAGCGAGUAUUAACUAUAUAAGGUGUAAAACUGGGCAAACUACCCUUCACCCGCAAACGCGCAG